AUGCUGCAGCCCAACAAUACGCCCUUCCAUCCUCCUUCCUUCCUUCUGACCGGGAUUCCAGGGCUGGAGGACGUGCAUGUCUGGCUCGGCUUCCCCUUCCUCGCAGUGUAUCUGGUCGCCCUCCUGGGGAACGCCACCAUCCUGGUUGUGAUCCAGACUGAACGCAGCCUGCACCAGCCCAUGUUCUACUUCCUGGCCAUGCUGGCCUGCACCGACCUUGGCCUGUCCACAGCCACCAUCCCCAAGAUGCUGGGGAUCUUCUGGUUCCACCUCAGGGAGAUCGUGUUUGGUGCUUGCAUCGCACAGAUGUACACGAUCCACAUAUGCACCGGGCUGGAGUCGGUGGUGCUGACGGCCAUGGCCAUCGACCGAUACGUUGCCAUCUGCAACCCCCUGAGGUACAGCCUGCUCCUCACCAACAAGGUGAUGGCCAUCCUGGGCGGCGUCAUCCUGGGGAGGACGUUGGUGUUUGUGACUCCCUUCAUAUUUCUCAUCCUGAGGUUGCCUUUCUGCCAAGUUCGCAUUAUCCCGCACACCUACUGUGAACACAUGGGUUUGGCAAAGCUGGCUUGUGCCAAUAUUAGGGUCAAUGUUAUCUACGGCUUGAUUGCCUUCUCGGUGGGAUAUAUUGACCUCUCUGUGAUUGGCUUUUCCUACGUCCAGAUCCUCAGGGCCGUCUUCCAGCUCCCAUCCUGGGAGGCCAGGCUCAAGGCACUCAGCACGUGUGGCUCCCACGUCUGUGUCAUGUUGGCCUUCUACCUGCCGGCACUUUUCUCCUUCAUGACCCAUCGGUUUGGCCACAACAUCCCUCAUUCCAUCCACAUCCUUCUGGCCAACCUAUACGUGGUUGUUCCCCCUGCCCUCAACCCUGUUAUCUACGGGGUCAGGACAAAGCAGAUAAGAGAGCGAGUGCUUAGGAUGCUUAACCCUAAAAGCUACUGA